GAGGGAGUCACCUGACAGACAAAAUUUCGGGCAAAAAAACAAAUGCUAAUGAAUAGGCGUCACCAGGAUCGCGUGAUUCAAGGAAAUAAAAAGCUGGGUGUUGUUGCCGCUCCAACAGCUGACACGGAUCUCCUCAAAGGGUGACGCGCUAAAAAAGAAACGGAAACAUGGAUUCCAGGACCGGUUUAAUUGUUUUGCUCUGCUUGAUGGGCUUCACCUGGGCUGUACCAGUGAAGUUCCUGGACUGUGGUUCGACUUCUGGUAAAGUUAGCAUCGUGGACAUUAAUCCUUGUCCCAGCCAGCCGUGCCAGCUACACAAAGGCCAGUCCUCCAGUGUCAAUGUGACCUUCAACAGUGGUGUCGAGAGCCAUACAGCCACAGCUGUGGUUCACGGUAUCAUUGCUGGCGUCCCGGUCCCGUUUGCCAUUCCCAACGCCGACGGCUGCAAGUCUGGAAUCCAGUGUCCCAUCCAGAAGCAGCAGAUUUAUCACUAUGAGACUGAACUCCCUGUGAAGUCUGAGUAUCCUUCAAUAAAGCUUGUUGUGGAGUGGGAACUGAGAGACGACAACAAAAACGACUUGUUCUGCAUCAGGUUCCCAGUUCAGAUUGUCUAAUGUGCCAAAUUAGCAACAAUACCUCUUACAAGUGUCUGUCUUUUAAAAAAAAAAAAAAAGGGAUUCAGCUUUUAGUAGAUCUAAAGAAUGCCAAUGAUUCAAGCAAGAUGUAAUUUUAUUGAUUCAUCAAACUGAUUUUAAGAUGUCUUCACUAGUUUGCAAGACUUGCUGCACACAUCUUAAAUCCUACUGAAAUACAAUGCACGUACUUUCUUUUUGUGCUGCUCUUCCUAACGGUCAAUUUUAAGAGUUGUGAAUGUGAAAAAUUUAGGUUAAUGACUGUGUAAGUGACUCCAGAAAACAUUCCUCUGCAGUGCAAAUGUCUUGUCUUACUGGCUGCUGUGUAGUCAGGAAAGGUACACGCAGUACUUUUUCUUUACUCUCAUUUUUUGUUUUUGUAAUAUUUCUUACUAACCUUGUUAUACCUGACUUAUGGAAUUGGAUACUUUUAAAACAUAUAUGCAAUUAAAUUCUAAGAAAGAAAUGUGUA